CACGCCCCAAGGAAGACACACUACCUCCCAGUCAGCUUUCACUUAUAAAUUGUCUUCCCCGAGUUUGGGACAUUUCCUGCACCCAUUGCUGAGCCCUGUCACAGGAGACAUCUGUCCUAGAAAACUGUAGAUUGGAUAUAAAUCAUGGCAACUAUUGGGACAAAGGGAACCAUCAAGCCCUAUGCUGGCUUCAAUGCAGCUGACGAUGUGCAGAAACUGAGGAAAGCCAUGAAGGGCGCUGGUACUGAUGAAGAUGCCAUCAUUGACGUGAUUGCAAACAGAAGCCUGGCUCAACGCCAAGAAAUAAAAACUACAUACAAAACCUCUGUUGGGAAGGAGCUGGAAGAUGAUUUAAAAUCUGAACUCACUGGAAACUUCGAAAAAGUAAUUGUUGGCCUCCUGACCCCAAUUACUCUGUAUGAUGUGCAGGAGCUCAAGAAAGCCAUAAAGGGUGCAGGCACAGAUGAGGGGUGUCUUAUAGAGAUUCUUGCUUCUCGGUCCACAGAGGAAAUCAAACACAUCAAUGUCACCUACAGAUUGAAACAUGGAAAAUCUCUGGAGGAUGACAUUUGUUCAGACACCUCUUUUAUGUUCCAGAGAGUGUUGGUGUCUUUGGCUGCUGGUGGCAGAGACCAAAGUAAGAAUGUUAAUGAUUCUCUUGCGAAACAGGAUGCCAAGGAAUUGUAUGAAGCUGGAGAAAAGAAAUGGGGAACAGAUGAAGUGAAGUUCCUAACCAUUCUUUGUACUAGAAACCGCCAUCAUUUACUAAAAGUUUUUGAUGAAUACAAAAAAAUUGCAAAGAAGGAUAUUGAGGCCAGUAUCAAGUCUGAAAUGUCUGGGCACUUUGAAGAUGCUCUCUUGGCUAUUGUCAAAUGCUUGAGGAGCAGACCUGCCUACUUUGCUGAAAGAUUAUAUAAAUCUAUGAAGGGCCUAGGUACAGAUGAUAAUACAUUAAUAAGAGUUAUGGUUUCUCGCUGUGAGAUUGACAUGCUGGAAAUUCGUUCUGAGUUCAAGAAAGCUUAUGGGAAAUCCCUGCACUCCUUUAUCAAGGGUGAUUGCUCUGGGGAUUACAGGAAAGUGCUUCUUAAACUUUGUGGUGGAGAGGACUGAAUUAAGCUCUUUGUGUCCAGAAUACAUCUCAUACUUUCAACACAUCCUUUUAAAAAAACAAACACAUAAAACUUAAAUAAAUUGAUGCCUUUUUAUGAUUAA